CAUACUGUUGAGCCUUUAACCAUUACAUCAGAAACCUUUAACGAAUUUACGUCAGAGCCCAGAAGAGAACCUCCUCUUUCUGUUCCACGUGAGUUUGUUGGAAUGUUCAUUUCUCGUGCGUUGGAGAAGAUUGCCAGCGAAAAACAAACAAGAAAGUCUUCGAAUGUUGAACUACGGGAAGCCUGUUGGGAUGGUAUUGCUUUCCUAAGGACGCGUGUUGAUAUCUCUGGUGGAGAUAGCGACAAAUCUUUGAGGUCUGACAUUUAUACGCCUCCAUCUCAAUCCCAAGGUGGAGCACUACUAAAUGAUGAAAAGCUUUUGAUUCCAUUUGAGCUUGCCUGCAAAAGCAAGUCGCCUAAAAUUGUCGCUACAUCUUUGGACUGUUUGCAGAAGUUAAUUGCUUAUGGGCAUGUUCCUAACGAUGCUUUCGAUUCGACGGGCAAUGUUAGAUUAAUUGACCGAAUAGUUCAGACAAUAUGUUCCUGUUUUAACGGCGUAAAUACAGAAGAUGGCGUUCAACUGCAGGUCAUAAAAGCACUUUUGACUGUUGUUACGUCUCCUAUUGUCGAAGUACACGACCGCAACAUUCUUUUAGUUGUACGCACGUGCUACAAUAUAUACAUGGCUACUAAGAAUCUCGUAAAUCGAACGACCGCACGUGCUACACUCACUCAGAUGUUAAACGUCAUCUUUCAACGGAUGGAACAGGCCACGCAUUGUGCCUCCGUCUAUCACGACGGGAAGGAUUUUAGAGUCGAAACAAAACAGGUCUUUAAAACUGAAGGAGGCGAAAGCGAUAGUAAAGAAAACGCGUCUGAAUCUGAAGAUUCUUCUUUGAAACAAUCUUAUCACGCUGAUGGAAAUAUUGAUUCUGAUCAAAAGGAGGAGGAUUGCAGAAGCCGUGAAGAAAAAGGCAAUCUCUCUUCCUGCAAUAAAUUAAACGAAAAUCACGGAAGCGCUCUUGCUAGUGCUCCGGAGAAUUCAGAGGAAAAUGAUCAAGAGUGUAAACCAGAGGCAUUUCCUUGUGCCGAGACUGAAGACCCACAAGUUCAAGACGAGGCACACGAGUCAACUGAGGCUUUAGAUCACGCAUGUGAGGACAGUAAUCUGGAAGAGGCCCUUGAUGAUUACCCUGGCGUUGAAAAUGGUAAUGAGUUGGAAGUGUCUCAAACUAUCACUGAUGUGAAAAUGCCAAAGAGCGUUGCUACUAAUUUAUCUACCUCUGCAGCAUCUCUGGAUAAUGAUGCAGCAAUCAAUUCUUCAGCUGAUUCUGCUGACGAAAUCACAUCCACUGACUACUACUUUGAUCACGUUUACCAAAAAGACGCAUUUUUUGUGUUCCGUUCCCUUUGCCGACUGGCAAUGAAGCCGUUGGCAAGCACAAAUCCUAAUGAUCCAAGGUCCCAUGAGCUGCGGUCUAAAGUGCUGUCUCUUCAGUUGCUGCUCACCAUUCUGCAGUCUUCAGGUCCCGCCUUUAGGUCUAGUUCUGUAUUCAUCACAGCGAUCAAGCAGUACCUUUGUGUUGCGAUCUCAAAAAAUGGCGUUUCUUCUGUUCCUGAGGUGUUCCAAUUGUCACUGGCAAUUUUCGUCUCCCUUCUAACUCACUUCAAGCAACAUAUAAAAAUUCAAAUCGAGGUGUUUUUUAAGGAGAUGCUCCUUGCAAUCCUUGAAUCUCCAACUGCCUCGUUCGAGUUUAAAUGGAUUGUAGUUGAGGCACUCCAGCGUAUUUGUAUGGACAAGCAAUGCAUCGUUGACGCUUAUUUGAACUACGAUUGCGACAUUGAACGGGAAAACAUAUUCGAGAAACUCGUAAUUGGUCUUGCGAAGGUGGCUCAAGGAAGUCAUUCGGUGGAUGCACGAGCAACGCCAGCUCAACUUCAAAAUCUGCGCAAAAAGGGCUUAGAGUGUUUGGUGCUGAUUUUAAAGUGUAUGGUGCGCUGGUCUAGUGACCUUUUCAAUGUGUCAACUGAGGCGCAAUCAUUUCUUGGCUCAGAACCAUGUAAUUCGUCUACCAGAGCUGCAAAGGACCGUGACGCCGACAGUGCAUCGUCCAUUGGUGUAAAUAAAGCAGUUCCGGAUGAUCCCGAAGCAUUUGAGUCGCGAAAAGCACUCAAGGAAGUUUAUGAAUCGGGAAUAUAUCAAUUCAAUCGAGGCAAAGUUACGAGGGGCCUGUCAUUGCUGCAAGAAAACAAUCUUCUGGGCACGAGUGCAGAGGAGGUGGCCAUGUUCUUACACAACGAGUCACGUCUAUGUCGCACUGCAAUCGGCGACUUUCUCGGCGAGAACGAAGCCUUUGCCUUGGAGGUCAUGUAUGCCUACGUGGACUCCUUCGACUUCUCUGGUGUCGAAUUUGUUUCUGCUCUGAGGCUUUUCUUAUCUGGUUUUCGGUUACCCGGUGAGGCCCAAAAAAUUGACCGCUUAAUGGAAAAGUUUGCAGCCCGAUAUUGUGCUUGUAACCCUAACAAUACCCUCUUCGCGUCUGCUGAUACCGCUUAUGUGCUGGCCUACUCCAUUAUUAUGCUCACAACGGAUCUCCAUUCAGUGAAGAUUAAGCGAAAGCAACGAAUGAGCAAGGAAGACUACAUAAAGAUGAAUCGAGGUAUCAACGACAGCCAGGAUCUUCCCCGAGAAUACUUAGGACGGAUAUACGAUGAAAUCGCUCAAUGCGAAAUUCAAAUGCGCUCUGAUACCGCAUCGCCUGGAGUGGUUGCUAAUGGCGCCACUGGACAUCCAACCAAUGCCGCAAUUACUGGUGUCCGAGAUCUUAUGGAAUCUGUCAGUCACAUGCAAUCGGAAUUUACCUUCGCCACGCAUUUUGAGCACGUUCGUCCAAUGUUUAAGUUGGUGUGGACGCCAUUUCUUGCCGCCUUUAGUGUGGGCCUUCAAGACUGCGAUGACCCUCUAGUAGCUCACCACUGUCUUGAAGGUAUCCAGUGCGCCAUCCGGAUCGCCUGUACCUUCCGUAUGGAGUUGGAGCGGGACGCCUAUGUUCAAGCUCUGGCUCGAUUUACUCUGCUGCUCUCCACUUCUCAACACCAAAGUGGUGUUAGUGUUGCUAGUGGACAAAGUGGAGUCCCAGGAAGUUCUCUAUGGCAAUGGGUAACUUUGGUCAGGUCUCGCACGGACAGUGUUUACGGCCUUGUGACUGGAAGCAAUUCAUCGAUUAACUCAUCUGCAUCAGCGGAGUCCAACCCUGUGAUAAACCCUACACCGGAAACAAUGAAGUCCAAGAAUGUUGACAGCAUCCGCACACUUAUCUCCGUGGCCCAGACUGACGGGAAUUACCUUGGACACUCCUGGCUCCAUAUUUUGCGCUGUAUCUCCCAGCUUGAGUCAGCCAAUGUUAUUGCUACAAAUACUGCUCGCUCUCUACCCAAACGCCGUCACGGCUCAUGCAAGUUCUAA